AUGAUUCUGUUCCUUUUAGUGCUACAAAACGUUCGAGCAGAGACUCUACCAAACAACAGCAUGGUUGUUACAUGGACUGCGGAUUCAGGACCAAUCAAAAAGAUCUACCGGGUGAUAGUGGCAGAUUCCAAGGGUACCACGCGGUACCAAGACAUUUGGGCUGCAUCGCAGGACAAAGUCUCCGUGAUGUUUGACAACCUACGGGCGUAUGAGAACUACACCGUCCAAAUUAGGACAUUUCACGGUGGAAGAUACGUGAAACUGGCAAGCAUACGUAAUCAAGUCCUCCUCAACACUCCGAAUGCGCCCAGGCUGAAUGAUAGCACCUCCAGUAGCAUUGUUCUCUCGUUUGAUCGAUUGAAAGAAGACAAACUGCAUGAUUUCCAGUACUACGCUGAAGAAUACAGGCAAAACCAGACCCAGGAUCCAGACGCACGAUCUGUUUUGUGCGACAGCACAACAGCUACUUGCAGGAUCGAUGGCCUUCAAUCCAACAUGGGAUAUCGUUUCAAGAUAAAGGCGUGCUUGCCCAGACGCUCACAGACUUGCAGUUUAAAAUCCCGCCAAUCUGAACUAGUUCACACAAAACCAGAAACCGUACAGAUGUCCAGUGCUGACAGCAUUGCUGCCACCUACGUGAAACAGCCAAGCCUGGCAAAUUUGGCAGUGUUUGUCAAAAUAACGGCAGAUCGAGGUGAGACAGUUGAAACACGUGAGGCCGCUUGCGACAAUGAGGCGGCAACGUGUCGCAUAAGCGGUCUCGAAGCAAACCGAGCCUACACCGUGUCUCUCAGAGCCUGCUCCGCCAAUCCCGAACCACGCUGUAGCCAGUGGUCUGACCCCACGACUGCAUACACCACACCGAGCAUUCCCGAUGCUCCAGCCUCGAAAAUAUCCGAUUCUGACAGCAUUACUGUCACAUAUUCAAAGGAGCCAAGCCUGGUUAAUUUGACAACGUUUGUCAAAGCCUCGCCACUAGAUGAUAAGGCAGUUGAAAUGCGUGAAGUUGCCUGCGACGCUGAGGAGACAACGUGUCGCAUUAAUGGUCUUGCACCGAACCGCGCCUACGCUGUAUCUCUCAGAACCUGCUCUGCCAAUCCCAAACCACGAUGUAGCCAGUGGUCUGACCCCACAAACAUGUACACCGCACCAAGCUCUCCAAAUGCGCCCUGGCUGAAUGAUAGCACGUCCAGUAGCAUCGUCCUCUCGUUUGAUCGACUGAAAGAUGACGAACUGAGUGAUUUCCAGUACUACGCCGAAGAAUACAGGCAAAACCAGACCCAGGAUCCAGACACACAAUCGGUUUUGUGUGACAACGCAACAGCAACUUGUAGAUUUGAUGGCCUUCACUCCAACACGGGGUACCGAUUCGUGCUGAAAGCAUGCGCGACCAAACCCUCAAAACUGUGCAGUGUGAACUCUCGUGAAUCUGACGUAGUGUUUACAAAACCAGAGACACCCGAUGCUCCCGCCUUGAAGGCGUUCGGCGCCAGCGUCAUUACUGUCACCUACGCGAACAAACCCGGACCAGGAAAUGUGACAAUGUUUGCAAGAGCCGCACCAGCAGAUGGUGGGGCGCUUGAAGGGCGUGAAAUCGUUUGUAACAGGGAGCGAUCAACAUGUCGGAUAAGCGGUCUCAAAGCGGACAGCGCCUAUGCUGUGUCGCUCAGAGCCUGCUCCGCUAAUCCCAAACCACGCUGUAGCAAAUGGUCCGACGCCGCGGCUGCGCACACCACAUUGAGCCGGCCUCGAAAUCUUCUGCUGGAGAAUGUAUCGUCUGACCAUGUAGACGUGUCCUGGGACGAACCUCGAUUCAGCAACGGGGCCAUCGAAAAAUUUGUUGUUUUUGCUAGAGACCAGCAAAAUCACUCAGCACCCUGCGUCUUCGGAACUUCGGAGUUUAAGUGCUCCUUGAUAUCCCUGCAGCCGACCACACGUUACACAGUCAGUGUAUCUGCUUGUUCGCCGACAGGUAUUUGUGGCGCAGCAGCAAGAAAGUCCAUCUGGACGAGACCUGAGAAACCAUCCAAUUUAGUCAUAUCUCGACAGGAAGUUAAUAGCAUUAAAUGCAAAUGGCAAGGACUGAGCUCCGCGAACAAAUUCAUCCACUACGAAGUGUCGCUACACUAUGCCAACAACGAAAUUCGUAUCAAGACAUCAACAGUUCCUGCACACAACCAGGCGACCAGUUUUAGCUAUUUACACGCCCACACCGGCUACUCCAUCCACCUGCGUGCUUGUGCAAACGACGACAGUGGCCGACCUCAGAAUUGUGGUGAAGCCAUUAAGACGUCGGGUUACACAAGACCAAGCAAGCCAUCUGCGCUGACUGUCAUUCAACGCACCUCCUCCACACUCUUGCUUCACUAUCGGAAGCAACUUAAGGAUAACGAGGACUCGCAUUUCAAUUACACAGUGACGUAUAAAUCCGAGGACAAUGGUGAAGAUAAAACAGGUGUCUGCAAUACUUCCACAAAGACCUGUAAUGUCACCGGACUCGCUGCAAAUAGCAAAGUAACUGCUUCGUUGACGGCUUGUUGCAAGCACAAUCUUUGCAGUCCGCCGUCUCCAGAAAUUCGCGUGUAUACAAAAGCAGGAGCGUGUGAAAACCUCCAUGUCAAAAGCCUUACGACGACUUCGAUUGAGGCAUCGUGGUCGAAACCCCGUGUUAACGCUGAUGCACUCACCAAUUACGAGGCGAUUGCUACCGACCCGCAAGGCAGGCAGUCAUUCUGUGUGGUGCCUGCCAUAAACCAGGAGAGACUAGUCUGCACAUUUCACGGCCUCUCACCUUGCUUGGAGUACGCAAUCUCAGUCAGUGCCUGUGCCCGCCUCAAUGAUUGUGGCUUGCCGAUCAGCAUGAAUGCAUCUACUCUCCCUGCUGGUAAGCUAACCUAUGGCAUCUGUGUGUGUGUGUGUGUGUUACACUGUAUAGUUCAAACUAACCAUCGUUAUGUAUGA